GAUGUUUGUAUGUGUUUGUGUGUUCAGCUGCCAAAACAUAUCCACCCCGACACACUUCGGUCGGCUGUAUGAUCUGUGUAUUUUAUCUUCAUCAUGUCACGACAUAGGCUUGUACGCAAUAUCAACAUACAAGACGAAUUAGACGACAAUGCUCUUUCCGACGGAGGGGACGAAGUGACGGACGAACAAUAUGCCCAAUUGGAAAGUGGCCUAGCACACGUCAGAGCUGUCAUGGGAGACGAAGCUACAUCAGCGCUCGAUGAUGUUGUCAUCAAGGAUGCCCUAUGGGAGAGUUAUUUCGACAUAGAGAAAGCUGUAGGGUGGCUUUACGAAGAACAAGAGAGGAGGAUUGCGGCUCAGGAGCGUAAAGCUUUCCCCCGUUCUAAAUCCCAUUGGUGGGACCGCUUUCGCCGCAAAGGAGAUGAUGAACAGGAAGUGCAUGAACAGGGCACUUCGGGCCAAUACGAACCGCCCUACUCGGCCGCAGAAGCGGGACUUUAUCCGGAGGAUAUAGAGCGACCUCGUGGCCCCCUAAUUAUGUUGGCACAGCAUGGCCACUAUCAGCCAGACUACUGCCCAGUGGAUUGUGUCGCGUGUAGCCCAGAUGUAGAUCCUGACGAUUUGCCCAUGGGUUUUAUGCCUCGCGCCUCUCGACUCAGCACCAUAACGGAACUUACCGAGCGGACUGAGCCUUCCUGCCACAGACAUUCCAGACGGCAGCUGGUUAAUGGUGCCCGCGCAUCGCUAUCUACAGGUACAACAUCCUCGUACGGUCAGGUUAUAGGCCGCCCCUCAGAUCGCUAUUCAAACAUGUAUUAUCCCCCACAGCCCUUAGAUCCAAACGAGAUACCGCCUUCACCGUCACCCUCGGCUGUACAUAGACUGUCAACCUACGAUUCUGCACCAUCAGCCCUUUCCUCGGAGACGGGAUCAGAAGUAUCUGCCGAUGGCCCAAGGUUUCGGGCACCUAGUGUCUCUGUUCCCCCAGUAGAUACUAUCCCAGAUAUUCCCGAUUCCUUAUCGAAAGCCAGCGAUGUGCCUCCGCCUCCGCCCAAGAAGGAUUUUCCUUCUCGUCCACAGCCUGCGAAACGCUCUAAACUGGCAACCCUUGCCAGCUCGCGUGCGAGUACUAUAUCAAGCUCGCGCUCAUCAGCCUUGGAAACCACCUCGGUACUCACGUAUCCUGCUCUGCGGCCCUCCCCCGAGUCUCGUCUUUCGUUUGCUUCACGCACUACAACCGUCAAGGCUCCCCCUUCUGAGGCAUCCGAAAACUCGGAGGGAACCAUUCGAGGCAUCCCCGCACCUUCAGAGAAGACGUUAUCUUCAGUCAAAGCACCAUCUACUACUCCAUCAUCAAUGUCUUCUCUUGUGCGGAGGGCAAUCGACAAGGCCAUGGAAUUGGAGCAACAAAAUAGUCGCGAGACAGCUCCGCAGGCUCUCGCGAAGAGUUUAUCUAAAACUUCUAUAUCAGCGACCAAGCCUUCUGAGACAUCGCCUUCGAUUCCUGGUGGAACUCCUGAGACGCCCGUGACGCACAGUGAGUCUGGCGCACAAUCGCGUCCUCAAUCCAAACUUGCGAAGCUCGCGCAAGCGAAGGCUAAUGGCGUCGUGCCCUUGAUUCCUAAAUCUAUCCCCCAUGUUCCCCCAGUCCCACUUCCGAAACCUCGCACGGAAUAUUUCACACCGAUAGCCAAUGGCGCUACAGCUACCACAGCCAUCACCACCUCUUAUCAAACCCUUCACAGUCUUUCGACGUCUAAGACCCCACAGCCUGUGCCACUUGUACAGAUGCCCGGCACCGAGGUAAAGCAGUCGAAACUGGCAUCGAAGGCGAAGAAGGCCCAAGCGAAACCCCCUUCGCAAUCAAGUGCGACUGACGAUGAGGGCAGCAUUCCUGCUCAAUCUCCACUCUUCCUCUCGAAGUCAUGUCAUUCUCGUGCGUCACCUUCGGCAUUCGCCUCCUUGCUACUCGACGAUCGUCUAACAUUCCAUGAAGCGGGCAAACACAGAAAAAAUUCUCGAUAUGGGAGAGAGCAACUAAAGCUAGUCGAGGUGUACUCUUCUCAGAGCCGGUCAACGCUUGAUCUAGAUGCUAGGGGUCAGCAAAGAUGUCGCCGUACGAAACCGAACCUUCCAGAUAUGACAGUCCAGCUUGGUUUCGCGUUCGACGUCCCCAGUCCAGACGACAUCGUUUUCAAUGCCCGCCGUGGCACUUCUCUGGCUCAACAGCAAUGAUCUAGCUUCCAUUUAUGUCCCUUUGUUUAAUUAUUCAUCUUCCUAAACUGCAUUGUUGUUCUUUUCUUCUCGGUUGUUGUGCUGAUCAUCUGUAGUUGUAACGUGUUACUGUUUGAAUGGAAU